AUAAGUUUUAUUUUUGCCAGAGGGCCACCAUCGGUGUUUCUCUGAGACAUUAAUUCAGUAACCUUGUCAGUGUUUCCGGCGACCGCGGCGUUAACGCUCACACACUCUGGCGGUCAAGGAUUCGCUCGUGGAGACACGCGCGCGGGCACACACACUUGUUACAAACAGUAACAACGUAGUUCGUAUGUAGCUGAUUACUCCAAUCCUAGGCAUGGCGGCGGAGAUUUCAUCUUCAGGGUACAAGGAGUAUGUGGCUGGCUUGCUCGCCGGUGUUGCCGCUGUAGCCACUGGCCACCCCUUUGACACCGUCAAGGUGAAGCUGCAAAAGCACAAUACAGAAGCACAUAUGAUUCAUUAUAGAAGCGGAUUGCAUUGCACUGCUAGGAUAUUGAAGACUGAAGGAAUCAAAGGACUUUAUAGAGGAGCAACAUCAUCUUUUAUUGGGAUGGCUGUCGAAGGCUCACUCUUUUUUGGCAUUUAUUCUCAGACAAAACUGUAUCUUCAGGGGGGAGUUCAAAGUGGGGAACCACGGCUUCAAGUGAUAGUUCCAUCUGCAGCUUUUAGUGGUGCCAUCAUCAGUUUUGUAUUAGGUCCCACAGAGCUGAUAAAGUGUAGGAUGCAGAUACAAGGCACCGACUCUUUGGUUCCUAUGUCCAGUAGAUAUAGUAGUCCCCUUGAUUGUGCCCUUAAAACAGUAAAAACUGAAGGGGUGAAAGGAAUUUUUCGUGGAGGUUGUGCAACAUUCCUUAGAGAAUCUAUAGGGAAUGCUGUCUUUUUGAGUGUAUACGAAAAUGUUCGUUAUCACAUGCAUUCAAAUAUCAAAGCUUCUUCAUCUAGUUACAGCAAUCUGGCUGAUAUUGGAAUUGGGAUCGUUACUGGUGGCCUCGGUGGUGUGGCUUUUUGGUUGACGGUUUUGCCUCUUGACGUGGCAAAGACUUUAAUUCAGACAGACCCUGAUAAAAACUGUCCAAGAAAUCCUUUUCGGGUCUUGCAUUCAGUCUACCGAAGGGCUGGAUUGAAGGGGUGCUACACGGGUUUGGGUCCUACAAUAAGUCGAGCAUUUCCAGCUAAUGCUGCGACAAUUGUCGCAUGGGAGCUAGCAUUGAAAAUGCUAGGCACUAAGCGUGAUUGAGGUAAGCUUUCAUGAAGCCUAUGUCACACACUAGCUAAGUGUUGAGAAGAGAAUAAUGCUUUUAGUAGAAUGCAUUUGUCCUCGGAAGAGUUUCUAAUUUCCAUUUUUUUUUCUUUUACUAGGACAUCAUUCAGCAUUGCAUUUGAAGCUAAUUCUUUUUUAUUAGAGCUUGGUUGACGAACUUGGAACCAGGGGCCUUGAUUUUAGCUGCCCUCUAUAUGCUUUUUCCCCACCCUUUUUUUUGGAUAGAACAUUUCUAUCACUGGCAUGAAAUUAUAUUGUUAAUGGCCAUUGAAGUCAAUAUUUUGGAAAUGUAUGGUAUGGCCAAGACAGAAAAGCUCACUUUUUUGGACAAUUAAACUGCUAAGUGCUAACUGCUGCUACCUUUUAUUGGUUUUAUGACCUCUCCGCAACAUGAGUUCAGUAAAACUAUAAUGGGGACAGUUGGUUAAAUUUUUUAAAGAGUUACACAGAAACCACACAGGGAAUAUGGGCGCUGUUGGAAAGAAGAAAAAAAAGUAGGGGAGAGAGAGGAAAAAGAACAGAAAAAGGUCCUGAUGAUUAAGGAGCUAUAUUUGGUGAACUAUUCUAUUAUGUUGGAAUAAGCUGUUUAGUGCACCAAUAAGAUAUGAUUUUUUUUUAAUCUUACUAGCCAUCCUAUUAUGUUAAUGCAGUGUAUUUCUUAUAUCGAGAGGGAAGCCGAGUCAGAAUAUAAUAAGAUAGGAUAGUCUCUCUUUCCCCCUUUGAAUCCCUCCCUCAAAUCACCUCCUUACCAUAGUCAUCACUACUACCUUUCUCAUCGUCAUUCCUAUGACUUUAUUUUUCUAUCAUCAUUAUUGUUACAUCCAUGUGGUGAAUUGGUAAUGGCAAUUUUAAGUGGGUCUUUUAA